UCUUGCUAAAGAGACCAAGUAGAGAACUUAAAAAGUUUGGAGUCACGCAUAGAUAAAUUUAAGAGACCACUUGCACGGAUUUAGUGGGUCGUUUCUUUAUUUAUUUUCUUCGAACCAUGGUGAGUCAUCUCUUUAGCAAGAGACUAAGUAGGGAGCUUAAAAGUGUGGGUUCACAUAGAGAUAAUUUGAGAGACAACUUGCACCACCCCUGAGCACACCAACGCAAAGUAGUCGCAGUAGAGCCCAAAUCUCGCACUCGUCUUCCAUAAAAGCGUCUCCAAUAGUAUAGCUAGUCACUAUCUAUUAUUUUUGUUCAAAUCAUCAGUAUGUAGUGCAAUAGCUAACUUUUUCAAUAGUUGAUCUAUAGCCACUAAUUUUUUUAAAAAAAAUUAGUCCAUCCAUCUACAUUCUCUCUCAACCAAUCAACAUUCACAUUUUAUCUUCUUUUUAAUGUUUUAUGCGUUAUAGUCUAUCUACAUAUUAAGAGAUAACGUUUUUCUCUUAUUUAUCUUUCUUCUCCACCUAUAUACAAAUCUGAUAUCAGAAAUAUUAUAUCUGACUGACCUACAUUAUUGGUGACGCUCGGACUACAGUCCUUUGAAACGAAAAGCCUUCCCCUCCAUCAGCUAGCUUAUUUUUCCCAUUUCGUACUGCAUGUCUGCAUCUUCUUGUGAGCACAGGUACGACCUCACCUCACUGCCCAGUGCCCCCCGUUUCAAACAAUUGCUAGUUCGGGCGCCCACUGAACAGAACCGAGGCGAGGGGGGUCUCUCCCCCGAAACAAUUUCAAACCUCGCGACGGCCGCCGAGCCCAUUUCGAGCCCGAAAAAUCCCCAAACGCACCCAGGAUCCUGCGGCGGUGCAGCGGUCUCUUUCCCCUCGCCCCUCUUUCUCCGAAGUGGAGAAACCCAAGCGAGAGGGAAAGAGGAAUAAUCCAUCGCAGCCCAAUCCGAUUCAGUUUCUUUCCUCCCUCGGAGAGAUCUAGCGGCGGCGGAUGCCACUCGGGGAGGGCGCGGCGACGGCGGGGGAUUUCGCGCUGCCGGACGAGGUCCUGGCGGCGCUGCCGCGGGACCCGUACGAGCAGCUUGAUCUGGCGGGGCGCAUCACGGCGCUGGCCGUGGCAGGGCGGGCGUCCGGGCUGGAGCGGGAGGCGGCGCGGCUGAGGACGGAGGCCGCGGACAAGGACCGCCAAAGCGGGGAGCUGCGGGAGCGGGUGGCGCUGCUCGACACCGCGCUGCAGGAGACCAACGCCAGGCUCCGCGCCGCGCUCGAGGACAAUAUUAAGCUCUGCACGGAGCGGGACUCGCUGGCGCAGACGUCCAAGAAGCUGGCGCGCGACCUGCAGAAGCUGGAGUCAUUCAAGAGGCAUCUGAUGCAGUCACUGCACGAUGAUAGUUCAUCGCAGCGACAAGAAACAGUUGACAUUACGUGUGAUCAGUCGAUAGCAUCGAAAGUGUCGUCAUGUGGAGAUGGUGGAUCAGUCAGCCACUCUACAACAAAUAUAUUGAGCGAUUCUGUGAAUACUGGGAAUACAAACCGAGAAGCUGCGAGGCCUCCAGUUCAAAAAUAUGCCCUCUCAUCUCACAUCACCCCUCGCCUUACUCCGGAGGCCACUCCUAAAAUAUUGUCCACUUCUGCUUCUCCAAGGCGAAUGUCUACUACAGCAACACCUAGAUCUCGAAUUGAAGGGCACAUGUCAAUGACACCAUGGUAUCCAUCAAGCAAGCAAUCCUCUGCGGCUAACUCACCUCCACGGGGACGUCCCAUCCCAGGUCGCACUCCUCGUAUUGAUGGAAAGGAGUUUUUCCGUCAGGCCAGGAGCCGUCUAUCAUACGAACAAUUUGGAGCAUUUUUAGCCAACAUCAAAGAGCUCAAUGCCCAUAAACAGUUACGAGAGGAAACUCUCAAGAAGGCUGAAGAGAUAUUUGGUCCAGACAACAAAGACCUUUAUCUCUCUUUCCAAGGCUUGCUAAACCGUAGCAUGCCAUAGGCUUCAUGUUGUUCUUUAGUUGAUGACCCAUGUUACCAGGACACCCAUAUCCAAAAUCCAUUGCGAGUCAAGACACUCGCGCACCCGUGUCGGAUUCCAAGUGGUAUUUGGUGUGUUCUAAAUUUUUUCGCCAAAUCGGAUGCCCCAACACAAGCCAAGCCAGACUCUGACACCCGUGCACAUGUCCAUGUAACACAGCAGAUGACAUGAAGUUACUGCAUCGGUAACUUAUUGCCACCUAGUUGUGGAGUGCAAUGCCCAGCUGCAAAUUUUUGUCCCAUAAUCUACAUUAGGUCUCGGAAUGAUCAGAUCUGCCUCUGAACAACAGAGCUGCUGUUUAUGUUAGUGCUGUAUUUUCAUAAAAUAGGACAGUAUUUUGUUGCCCAAAUUUGGUUACAAUUUGUUGAGGGGCCAUCCUUGUAAAACUGUGCAACAAACUUGAAAAGUAUUUUUACCCAACCGUCA